CAAACUGAGUAGUAACUUUCUCGCUCAGGAAAAGUUGCAUCACCAUUAGUCAUUCUAGAUAACUAUAUACAAAUGUUGAAAUAGAUAAGUAGACAGGCAUGUUCGGAUAGGCAAGUUCAGUUGAAGAUUCAAGCUUAACCAGUUAACAACACACAAGAAAAUUCUCCAGUCUCCAAAGUAAAAUGGUAGCCAAAUACAGUGCAGCGGACCAUGUCUGGAUAGGCGAGCAGCGCCCAGGCAUUCUUAACCCGGCGGCCAAUUUAGGGCAGAUAUUCUGUAACCUUCUGUCCCACAGCCCAUCCCGGGUGAUCCAAAUCAAUGCGGAUACGGAUUACCACAUGACCUGCGCAGAAAUGCGUCUCAGAGUCGUGCGAAUUGCGCUGAACCUUAAGAAGCUGGGUCUCCAAAAAGGCGAUCACGUGACCUUGGCAUGUGCAAAUACCGACAAUACGGUUCCAGUUUUUGUGGCCUGUUUGACCAACGGAAUGCCUGUCAAUCCGCUGGCACCGGUCUUCAAUAAAAGUGAUUUUGCCUACAUGCUGAAGCAAACCCAACCCAAAGUGGUGUUUUGUGAUGAGGACAAUCGCAGCGUUGUUGAGGCUGCCGUUCAGGAAGUCUUCAAAAUAUCACCCAAAAUUUUUGUCUUGGGUCAAGCUGAAAAUGAGGAGGAAUCGGUCGACUUUCUACUACAACCCAUUGAAGGGGAGCUUGAUUUCGUACCGGAAUAUUUCGGAAACUCGGUUGAACUGCUGGCGAUGGUUCUAUGUUCAUCGGGAACCACCGGUCUACCGAAAGGCGUCUGUCUGUCUCACGCCCAUCUAAUCGAAUGGGAAGUUUUCAGCAACGAACUUAACGCGGGACCCAUCUUCAGCUUCAGUGCCCUAUUCUGGGCUACCAGCCUUCUGGGAGCCCUUACAUCGCUCUACUGUCUACGACCCCGAGUUAUCACAGCGCAGCUGUUCGACGAAAAGCUUCUGGUGUCCAUCAUCGAAAAAUACCGGGUUCAUGAUGUCUUCACUCCGCCCUGUUACUUGUCGGCCCUGAUCAACAGUCCGUACUUCGAACAGGCCGAUUUCCGCAGUGUCAAACGAUGGACCCUGAGCGGAUCGAUGGUCUCCGAAAGUAUCAGAGUCAAGCUGGAAAAACGGCUAUCAAAUGGGUGUGCCCAAUCGGUUUACGGAACUUCGGAAAUCGGCUUCAUAACUAAAGCUUAUGGACCUUAUAAGUCCGAUUCCGUAGGACAGAUGGUGUCCAACAUUGUGGCCAAGAUCGUUGAUGAAGAUGGCAACCGAUUGGGACCUUGCAAAGUUGGCGAGAUGAGAUUCCGUUACAAGCAUACGUUCUUGGGUUAUUUCAACAAUCCGUUGGCAACCAGAGAGGCCUUCGAUGAGGAUGGCUUCUUCAAAUCCGGGGACGUAGGCUACUUCGAUGAAGAUGGUUUCCUGUACGUGGUAGAUCGUAUUAAGGAUGUCAUCAAGUAUUGCAACUAUCAAAUUUCCCCGUCGGAAUUGGAGGUGGCAAUUCAGAGUAUUGAAGGCGUUCUAAAGGUUUGUGUGGUUGGGGUACCUUUGUUGGAUGAGUCUUCGGAUUUGCCAACGGCAGUCGUUGUCAAAAAGAGCGAUUCCGAUUUGACCGAGGAUCGCAUCAUGGCGAUCAUCGAUGGUCAAGUGAGCGACUACAAACGACUACGAGGAGGGGUGUUUUUCGUGAAUCAGCUACCGAUGUCGGCUUCCGGGAAAGUUCUGAGGAGGAAGGUCAAGGAAGCACUGCAAAACUUGAAUACCGUGGCGACAUAGGAAGCUUAAGUUUGAUUCAUACAAAUUUUAUAUUUUAAGACUUUUAUCAUUUAGAACUUACUGGAGGUCACUAGCUGCUAGGUUUAAAAUGACUACUAUCAUGCUUCACAAAAAGUCAGCGAUAUUUUGGCACGUAUAAGAAAACUUGAUAAGUUGGUUUUUACAUACAUAGAUUAAAAUUAAAAUUUUUGGUCCAAAGUUCUCCUUAAUUGUGUAAGCUCAUUAAAAACGAUAUGUGAUUUAAAACGUUAUUUUUAGUAUUGAAGUUUGUGGCAAAAAACGGUUAUUAUUUACUUCUUUUCACAAUUACAGAUGUUUGCUGUCUGUUGAAUUUUCAAUUUCCAAACAUAUUAAACCUUUCGUAAAUUUAAAAUUCAACAGUAAGUCUACCAUACAUUGUUAUAUUCGAUUUGAAAAGAUACAUGAUUUAGCGUACAAUUUUUAAAGAACGCCAGACAAUACUUCAUAUUUUAUACUUUGAUCGGUGCAAAUUUUUGAUAUAGGAUUUUCAGCUGCAUACGUUUUUGGUUGAAUAGAACUAAAUUAUGGAAAUUUUCCAAACACAAAACUUUAAGCGUGUUUCUCGAAGGUUUCAUUUAUGCAACAUGGUUCUGUAUGGCGUCAUAUGAUAGUAUUUUUGCCCUUUGGACACUAUGUUUUACCUGCGCUAGUCAUAUUCAUGUAGUCAUUAAAAAAUAUGUUACAAAUUGGCUUAAACCAAAGAUAAUAGAUUGAAAUUAUUAAUCCAUACCGAAAAUUGGGAGAUAAUCAGUUAUUUUUAUAAAUUUGAUCAAUUAAACAAACGUUUAUCGAAAUUGUAACUAUUGUUUCGAAAAUUUCCUAAAAUAACAUAGGUAUAAGUUUUUAUUUGUUCUCGAUUUUAAAAAACAAGAUUAAGUUUUGAUCUAUACAACCUAAGCAUCUGCAAUUCUUGGAUAUAUUGUAAAGGAAAUAAUGUAGAAAUGUAUUAAAUAGAACUUUUAAUAAACGGUGUAAGGAAUUAUUAUAAAAUAUUUGAGGAUAUUUCAUUCACAAAACGCUUUGUGAGACUCAGCCUUCCUUUCGUUCUUAGCCUAUCCUUAGAAAUAGCCCUUGCAUGUGUGAGGAUUAAGGACUUCUUCAAAUAAAAGCAGUGGCAUUUAGCAGCCCUGAAUUUAGCAGUUUUUAC